AUGGCAGAUGGACUCAAUGAAGCCCGGGCGCUGAGAGUCACCGAGAUCCUCCAAGACUAUCAGAACAUCCAACGCCGCAUAGUCCAGUUCCAGGCAAACCCUCCGCGAGACGAGUGCAACGAGAUCGGCUACUCAUCACUGCGCCAAUGCCACACCGAAGCUCGCACCUUGCUCAAUGUGCCGUACCCUCCCGAGAUGCUGCAUCCACCCAGUGGUCCCAAUGAAGCCGAGAAGCGCCAAUUGCAGCGAGUAAUCAUCGACGCCAGCGCCCGCCGCCUCCAGGCCCAUAAUAUCUUCCUGCGAGCCGCCGUGGCCAUCAAAUGGGUCCAGCGGCGCCAAUCCAUUCUCCAAGGACGCAAACCGCAAAACGGCCAUCUACAAGCCUUGCGCCAGGCUGACGCUACCAUGAGAAAUGAACUCGCCGCCAUUACGAACGAGAGGAUCGCCAACGCAUUUCGGACGGCGGACCAACAGGCUGGUUACUGGCUUCAUGAUGACCCUUCAUUGCAGACCAUCCUGGGAUGGAUUCGGACGCAUCAUUGA